UGUGGAAAAUAUACAUUUUAAAGUUCUAUUGUUUUGAAUAUGUUAAGGUAUUGCUCACUAAUUUUUCCACUGGCAGUAAACUGUAGAAGCUGAAGACUCUUCAGAGCAAACUUUGAGGGGAGCUUGCUAACUGUGACACAAAGGCAGAUCUUUAGCAGUUCCAAUCCCACUGGAUAAAUACUCUAGCAGAAGAACCUUUAAACUGAAGGAAGUUUUUCAUUUCUUUUCAAAUGAAGACAUACAUGAUGGACAGACGGAAACAGAAUCUCAGAGCAGAUUAUUUUUUGUGACAUUUUCUCCCUAGAAUCCUAACACUGAAAAGGGAAAAUGAUUUUGAGGAGAUUUUCUGGGAUAAAGCUCUGACUGACAUUCAGAUACAUUUUGAUUUUCACUUCAAAUCUUUAAGAGCUGCCGGAUUCCACUCUUCAAGCCCUUUUAACUGUAGAAAAUACAACCCUCAAGCUUGUUGGACCAACUUUUUCCUGAUCAGCCUUGUCCACUUCAGCAGUGAGGAUGCGAUCUCGAGAACCGUCUUCACCUUCCACAGCAGAAGCCCUCCUUCAUGGCCAAUUUGCCAGCUGGGGUUCAGGCAGCAACAGCAACAAUAACAGCUGCCCCAACAGCCCUGGUGGUUCAGGGGCACUCUCCCCUGCUGCCUCCCCGACUCCGGCCUCCAACUAUGCCUUGACCCUCACUCACACCCACAUACAUAUACAGCGGCUGUCACCAAGGCCGGGGAAGGAAGCCCGUCUCUUGCUGCCUUUAUCAGAGCUAGUGGGGUGCAGCUGCCCACGUGCCCCCGCGCCCCCUCUCCUGGUGCUGUACUGGUACCCGCCAGGCAAACGACGGAAAGGUGUGUCUCGACGCAGGCAAGUGAGGGCCUACCUGGCAGAAAGCAGGUCUGAAGCUGAGAGGUGGUCGGCUGCUGUGCAGUGUCUACUCAGAGGCGUUUCCGUCACUGCUGACACAGAAUUUUCAAGAAGUCUGCUACCUCGUCCCCGGCGACUACUGUUAUUGGUCAAUCCCUUUAGUGGGAGAGGCCAGGCAAUGCAAUGGUGUCAGACCCACAUCCUGCCAAUGAUCAGAGAGGCCAACAUCAGCUACAACCUUAUACAGACAGAGCGUCAGAACCAUGCCAGAGAGCUUAUCAGAGAGAUAUCGCUCCCAGAGUGGGAUGGCAUCAUCAUUAUCUCUGGAGAUGGCCUGUUGCACGAGGUAAUUAAUGGGCUGAUGGAGCGUCCUGACUGGGAACAAGCAAUAAAAACACCCGUUGGCAUUCUUCCUUGUGGCUCUGGGAAUGCACUGGCUGGCUCCAUCAACCACCAUGCUGGGUAUGACAUGUGCCUUCGGGAGCCCCUCCUUUUGAACUGCUGCUUUUUGCUCUGUCGAGGCGGUGUCCGACCCAUGGACGUGGUUUCUGUGACAACAAGCCCUCCUCCCUCCAUCAACAGCCGAGCUGCACCACCCAGGAGACUGUUUUCUUUCCUCUCUGUUGCCUGGGGCUUUGUCUCCGAUGUGGACAUUGAGAGCGAGAGGUAUCGUGGCCUGGGCUCAGCUCGCUUCACCUUGGGCACCCUGGUGCGCAUAGCUUCUCUUCGAUCCUACAAGGGUCGUCUGUCCUACCUGCCUCCCUCUAUUGGCACCACAUCACCAGAUGCCACGCCUCCUAUGCCAAGGAGGCCCCUCUCCCGCAGUAUCACAGAAGGCCUUGAUGGCUUCUGUCGGACUCCCAUCCAUCGCACCUGCUCUGACAUGGGCAUCAGUGAACAGAGGAGCCUGCGUAAGGGCGAGGGAGAGAGGGAAAAAGAGGAGAGGCAGAGAGAAAGGGAGAGAAGAAGGCAGAGGGCCAGGGGAGGAGGAACUGGUGUGGUGAGGGCAAGCAGCCUGGCAGAGGACAGAGAGAGGGAGGGGGAGAUGGAAGCAGAUGAGGAGAGGUCCGGGACAUGUUCGGAGAGUUCAGAAUCAAUUGAAAGGGAAGACUGCAAUAUGAGAAGAGGGGAAAGAUUGGCAGGGAUCAAGGAUGAAAGGGAAGAUGAGGGAAGGGUAGAGCAAGACUCCAGUGAGAUGGAGGAGGGGGAUAGGGGGAAGGAUGGGGAGGGCAGUGGUGGUUCUGCCGAGGGGGAGAGAGUGUUGCAUGCAAGAGAGCUGGGAUGUAACUGUGGGGUAGACAUGGGGCGAGAGGCAGACGAAGAGCAAGAGGGUUGUCUCACUUGCCAAGAUAGCCUUCAGGAGUCCAGAAAGGCCCGAAGAAAGAAUUCAGCACCUUCAAGCCAGAUAGCCAGCACUCUCUUCAACCAGCCUCUCAGUCAGGAGGCGGACACAGAUUGUGGCUCUUCAUACGGGGUGGAGGACAUGGAUCUGAAUGGAACCUACUACGAGAAGGAACCCUACCAGCUGGACGUUGCUCGUGAGCGAUCUCUCACCAUCAGCUCUCCCUUCCGUCACACUCCCUUCUCCAAAAAGACCAAAACCCUGGACCAAAACCAGAAUGCUUCUCGUCCGAGGCCCCUCUCUCUCCUGCAGCACUCCCACUCAAACUCCCUCCCCCCUAAACUCCCAUCCCUCUCACUGUCUCUUUCUCCCACACCCCCAUCGUCCCCUUCAUGUGCCUCCCCACACUCUUCGUCCUACCUCGUCCCCCGUCCUAAUACCCCGAAUUCCACCUCGCCGUCACCAUGUCUACGCACAGCGUCCUCGUCUUUUAACUUUGACAUUGCCGAGCCAGCAGGACCGCUGAAGUGCCGUCCUUUAGUCUCACUUUUGAAUAUCCCUCGGGAUGACUUGUUACCCCCCCUCGACCAACCCAUUCCCACCAGAGACUGGGUCACCAUUGAAGGGGACUUUGUCCUGGUACUGGCCCUUUAUCAGACCCACCUUGGGGCUGAUCUUCAUGCUGCACCCGAGGCCAGGUUUGACGAUGGGCUGAUCCACCUGACCUUUGUUCGGGCGGGGAUCUCCAGAGCCACUCUUCUGAGACUGUUCUUUGCCAUGGAAAGAGGAACCCACCACUCCGUCAGCUCGCCGUAUGUGAGCCAUAUUACCUGCAAGGCCUUCAGGCUGCAGCCGCUGUCCACACGGGGGACACUCACUGUGGAUGGAGAACUGGUGCCCUAUGGGCCUCUUCAAGCACAGGUUCAUCAAUCCUUGGCCCGUCUCAUCGUUGGUGACUCUGGAGUGAAGAUAACCAGGUUCUAAUCAGUUGACAGAUACAGCACUCUACUAAAUGAUGUAAUAUCUGUUGUCAUCUAUACUCUGAAAGAGAGGGCGAUCUGAGAGACUUAAAAUAGCCCGGAAUGCAGAAACUGCUUUUCUGGGGUUUAAUGAAAGGGAUAACCCACCGAGCCACGCAUCAUUGGAGCACGACUGCAGGGAUUAGUAGCGAAUUUGAAAAUGGAUGAAAAAUGCGCCUCAUUGCACAGCUGUUGGAUUACGCACAGCAUACCCUGAGGAGCAUGAAAACUGCACAGCCUGGGAUAGUUAGAGGGAAGAACAAUUGAAUGUUAAUGGAUUUUUUUUUGUGCAGAUAGUGCAUGUGUUGGAUGUAUACAUAGUAGUAUGCAUGCAGAGAAGCACUACCUGAAUUUUGCCUUUUAUUAAGACGGAAAGAAAUCAGAUUAAAUUCAGAGAAAGACAUUCUUAAACAUGAAAUGCUAUAAAAAUACUUUGAGAUUCAGUUGGACCAACAACUCAUUAAAAUUGGCCCCAACCCUCUUUUUCAACCCCACCCUGAUGUCUAAAUGUUUGCGUAUAAAAACUUCCGUCCAUGAAAGGAAUGCCUUAUCUGACACUGGAUUUACAGUUGUACCUUUGCCCUUACUUGCUCUUACAUGUAUAAGAAACCUAAAUAUUCUGAUGCUGUUUUCACACUACGAGUGGCAUAAGCAAAAAAAAUGUCAAAGCUAUGUUAUCGGUGAGUCGACAUUGAAGUGUUGCUCAAACGCUCAUUGAUGCUGUUUUCUCAUUAAAUACACUGGGACCCGGCUAACGGCAGGGUGAAACAGAAACAUAUGAUUAGUUGACGCUUUGUUGCACAUUAGAGCGCUGAUAAAAGUUGGUUGGUCAGUUUGUUGCAAAAAAAGAAAACUGUCCUCGGCCUCCAUUUAAAAUGAAGACUGUUCCUGUGUAGCUCGUGGUGCGAACACAGCAUGAGUGUCUGUCCACUACAUCAAAGCAAAGCUACACUUAUAUACUUAGACAGCUGGUUGACCAACCUACUCACUGUUAUCUUUGAGCACACUACUCUCCACUGCGUUAACCAUCAGUGGAGAAAAUGUGGAAAAAGAACACUUUAAUGAGCAUUUUGUUCAUGCAAGGGUCUCAGUGCAGAACAGCUAGAUCAAGCUUUUCAUGGUCAUUACUUUAGUAGGAGCAAUGGAACCGUUGAACGGUGACCAUUUCUGACAUUUUUACAUAAUCUGCCUGUUUUUCUUAGCCAGUGGAUGCACGAUGAUGAUGUCACACUUUGCAACAUAUUGAACAUAAAAAUAUCUGAACAAAGCAAGCUUCUUUGUCAGUGGUUUAAGACUUUACAUUUUCAAGAAAUGUGUCAGAUCACAUAGAUGUCUAGAAAAUAUCACUAUCUCUGAGUAAUCAACUAUGAAAGCUUAGAGGACUUCACAUGCCUCUGUUAAGUAGUAAGUAGUGCAUUUAUUUUGCACAGUAACUGGAGUUGAGGCAGCACAGGAAAUCACCACACUAGAAUGCUUUUUAACGUUUACAUCUACAGAGUAACGCAGAAUCUGAUACAAUGCUUGUUCUAUAAAUGGAUGCAGUAGUAUUAACAGCCUAGUCUGGAUAGUAAAUGGAUCACAUUACAUUCCUAGCCUUAAAUGAAUUAAAUGCCUCAAUCUGAACAAUCAAAGCAUUUGAAAGGUAGGACUGACUGAUCACAAAAUCUUUUACAAACUUAAAAAUCCUGCCGUAGAGCCAAACAAGGGCACACACUAAAUCCAGCAGCUCUGUGUUGUCACAUCAGACCUUUGAUCAACAGAUAAAUACAAUAACUCACUGUGAGAAAUGAUCCAGCAGCAAAACUGAUCUGUUGAAUUAAGUGAUAAAUUGGGUUUUAGAUUUAAAAUAUCUUCAGAAUUGUUUUUUUCCCGAAUGAUGAUGUGCUCCUUAGUAAAAAUCAAACAGAAGAUUUUGGAGCCAGUACUAGGAAUUGUCAUGUUAUGUAACUUCAUUUUGGAAAUGUUAUAACAAACACUGAUGAUAUAUUUGGUCUGGACAAAGGAGAAAUCAAUAGCAUGUGCAGCUUAUCAUUCAGUAAAACAUUGUGCUGACUGCUUGGGUCACCAUCUUCAUACUGUAUGUCUUGGUCAUGCCUGGAAAAAAAUCAAUGCCUUUGUAUAAUUAGCCUGUAAAUUCUGGCUGUUGAUCAUGAACUGUUAAAACCUGACUGCAGAAAAUGGAGUAAAACUUUUUUCUCACCAGGCCUUUAUUUUGCUUCUUUUAUUUUUUUUCUCCAUUGAGCAAACAAUGAAGCUAGUCUACCACAUCGACACUGUGCUUACACAGCUACAGAAUGUAAAUACAACAUUUUGAGUUUAGGCUUGUGACAGUACCAAAUAGCAGGAUCUAUAUACAGCUUGUAUGGAGUGGUUUUGCCCCCAGAAAUUGUUCGCAAUUUUUAAGAGACUAGUUUACCUUCCUAAACAUGUUGUUGUCGAUGGCUAUAACUUGAACUACGGUGUUAUAGACCAAUUAGAUAUGACAAUGACUGGGUAUAACCCCUCGAUAGAUCAUGCCAUUAAGAUGAAUGUAGUGGGCUGCCUGUAAUGAAAUGUAAUUAUUACUAAAAUCAUAUGAAUAUAUUAAAUAUUUAAAUACACAAUGUACAGUUAAUAAUUAUAUGAUUUUGAAUAAAUGUAACUUGAUAAG